UGUUGAAGUUAACAUUUCUGAAAAAGUAGAGCAGGUCAGGCAGGAGUGUGACAAGCCUGAGACAGUAAACAUGGCUCAGCUGCUGAGGCUUUUCCGGGAAAAAUGUUUUCUGGUAGAAGAAACGCUCACCAGGUUACUACAGAGGUUACUCCUACAAGGGCCCCAUCCAAGAUUUGCAUUGGCAAUUGAUCAAAACUUUUCUCAGCACCCUGUCAUACCUGUUCCUCCCAAGAGCACUCUGGAAUUUGAGGAUGGGAUACUCUGGGCAGUACCUAAGCAUAGAAGAAGUCGAGAAAGGAGGCUGAUAAGAAAGUUUGGGUCAGAGAGUGGUCAUAAGAAAUUACUGCCAAUACUUAAACUUCUGACAUGUGAUAAUUGUGGCAAUGUCCAUGAGCCUGGUCGAUUGUGUCCUAACUGCUAUGCUAUGAACAAAGAAGUAACAGAGGCCAUGCAAGCAGCCAUGAAUUCUACUCAAGGGCUCAACCCAAUUGAGCAUGAAGUCCUGCUAAUCUUCAAAGGAGAAAAAGUUAACACAGAUGAUGGAUUUUUUAAGGGAAAGCAGAUUGUUGAGGUUCCAAGGGAGUGUCCACAAUGGUUCUCUCGCAGACUAACCAAGAAGUCUAAUAUCACUACUACUACUGACACUACAAUAGCCAAGCCAACAAAUUUAGCAUGAAUGAUUCACUGUAUUUUACAAUUUGUUUUUCUGGAUUGAUUAUGUAUUAUUUAGAAUCUCUGAAUAUAAAAUUUCUCCCAUAUAAGUAUCGAUUCAGUAAUGUUAGCAAUAAUUUGUUUGUUUUCCAGAAAACUUUCAAACUAUCAUAUUAUUACAUUUGUAGAAUUAACACUUAACCUGUAGCAAUCAUACAACUUCUGGGUGGGUAGAAAGGGAAAGGAGGAAUGGGAGACAAUCUGCCUUGAUCCAGAGGAGGAGAGGUAAAGUUCAUUUCCUUUGAGCCCUUCACCAGCAUCAAAGAAUGUUCCUUGAAGAGGUGGUGUGGGGGGGGGGUGAGGUAUGAUAAGUAUAUUUCUUUUGUAUAUCUUAACACUUUUUAAGAACCUUAGGCUAUAUGGCCCUUGUGGGUUUAGCACUUAUUUCUGAUUGUAAUAAUAAUUAAGAACCUUGGUUUAUCUCGUAAGUUAUCCAUAAAACAGGAUACUAACAUCCAGCAGUGAUUCAGAUACAUACAGUGGACCCUUGACCAAUGACAUUAAUCCGUUCCAGGGAGCUAGCCGCUAGUCGAAUUUGCCGUUGGUCGAAUUAAUUUUCUCCAUAAGAAAUAGUGGAAAUCCAGUUAAUCCGUUCCAGACAGGCAAAAGUAGAAAAAAAUUAUUUUUUUAAUUCAUGAAAUAUACAUUUCCGCACACAGAAAACAAUUAGACAUGCACAAUACAUACAUAAAUAAAUACUAAAAUGACACUUACCUUUACUGAAGAGUAUUGUUGGAUGAUGAGACUGUUUUUCUUGAACACACUGGGAUUUUCAGUGAUAUAUGAGUAAAGGCUUCACUUUGUAAUCCCCAUUAGCAUUAAAACAAAACAAGAAAGUUGGCCUGUCUUUCAUAGGCUUGUGUCCUGGGAGUGCCUUUUCCUUCUGAGUAAUGUAGGUCCUGUUUGGCAUUUUCUUCCGGAACAGGCCUGUUUCAUCACAGUUGAACACUUGUUGGGGUUGGAAUUUUUCAGCUUGGCCAGGCCUUAUCGCACUGUGUAUGCCAGUACGAUUUUUAAAUCUCUCAAACCAACCUUUGCUGGCCUUAAAUUCACCAAUAUGAGCACUUGUUCCAGGCAUUUUUUCCUGUUCACCUGGGUGUUUAGUCGACUGGUGUGGAUUGCAUCCUGGGGGACAAGAUUAAGGACCCCAAAGGAAAUAAGUUACAGUCCUCGAUGACACACUGACUUUCUUGGGUUAUCCUGGGUGGCUAACCCUCUGGGGUUAAUUGUUUCUCAGUAUUCUCGAUUAGCCACACCAACAUCAGUCUCUCCACAUCUUCGAGUAGUACAGCUGACCGUGGCGCAGGAGCAGCUGAUGGUGUUGCAGCAACAGCUGACGGUAGUGCAGCAGCAGCUGACCGUGGUACGAUAGUAUAUUUCGAGAGUGUUUCUCACCCUUUUUAGCACUAGAAGCUUUCUUGGGGCUCACGGUGGCUUGUUUAGCAGUUGCAAGCACUAAAAACACUGGAAUAAUACGAAAUAUAUCGCAGGUACACUUGGAAUCGACCGCAACGGGUUGUAAACAUUGGCACACUGGCUAUACACAGUCUUGGAGUGGCUGGGCCCGCUCAGGCCGCAUGCCGUUAGACGAGUUUUUCGUCGUUGGUAGAGCCAAUUUUUUGACGCCAAAGAGCGCCGUUAAACGAAUUUGCCAUUACUUGAUGCCACCGUGGGGCGGGGGUCCACUGUACUUAAGAUGCAGCCAGGUCCUCUCGAGAGGUUCAACAAGACUUGAGCCACUUUUUGAUUUUUAUAAAGUACAGUUUAAAAUAUGUUUAGCACAUGUUUUUGAUAUACACAACAGUAAUUGCCUCACUUGUCUAUUUUUAAUAGGCUUUCAUUUGUUAAGAUGUAUCUCUUUUAUAAAGCUAUACUUUACAUGCAAAGUGGUAACUACAUACAGUUACUGGGUAUUAGUUUUUUCAGUUUGUGUUGUAUCCUAUUAUAUUCUGUUCCUCUGAAGAUGUGUAUAAGCACAUGAAAUCUUUCUAGUUUUAUUUUCUAUUUUCACUGGUAUUUUUUCAUAUUUGUAAUCUGGCAUUUUAUUAUGAUGUCUUACAUAUUCACACACAUUUUUGCUAAGCCAAAAUAAUAAAAGUUAUGGAAGUCUACAAAUAUUCUUUCUUUACUUCUUUUUGUUCACUUAAGGUGUUAUGGGGUUUUGUAUUGUCUAUAUUAAGUAAUGCAAAUAAAAAUUUGGUGCAUUUGUACAAAAAUGAUUUUAAUUCCAAAAGACUUAAACUUUACUUUUGGUUUUGCUGGUGUGGGGCUCCGUUUAAGAAAUUGGGCUUGGGCUUGUCCUUCCCUUCCUUGGAUUGAACUCGAUUGCCUCCCAUUUCCUAGGCAUUAUGACCCCAAAGGUUUAGUACUUCCUAAUAGGUGCAGUAAUUUAUUAUUAGUUAUUAUUUAUUACUAUUAUAUGCUGGAGCUUUCCCACUGAACUAGGGUGAGCCAAAAGAGGACAUAUUCACAGAAGUUUUCCAGAGUACUUUAUGGAUAGUGUACAUUUUUAGUAGUAAUGUAGGCCAAUUAUGAAGAAAAAUUUUAUAUUUUGAAUAUUGAAUACAUUUUCUUCUAACAUUCAGCUUUUUAUUGAGAAUAUCUUUAAGCAAAAAUUAUCUUUAGUUUAGGAAUUUACAGAUCUUGUGUAACAUUUAUCAGUUAUACUAUGACCUUGAUUCUCCUUUACAGCUGUCUGAUGAGAUUCCCCUCAAGAGAAGUGCCUUGAUGCUGGUGAGAGGCUUUGGAUCAAUGGAAUUAGAUCUUACCUAUCCUUGGAUCAAGCCUAAUUGCCUCCUUCCCUCAGGCAUUGUUACUCCUUUGGGUUUAGUGCUAUCUCUAUGAAUAUAAUAAUGUGCAUUGUCACUGGAGACAAUACUCUGCCAGACAUGGCACAUUAAUUAAUUUGCUCCCUUAUUAUAGGGAAGCACUAAACCCUCAGGGGUGAUAGCCUGAGGAAUAGGAUGAAAUUAAGUUUGAUGCAAGGGGAAGAAAAGGUCUAGUUCCUUGGAUCAAGAGUCCCUCGUUGGCAUCAAGGUACCUCCCAUAAAAGUAUAACGUAUUAUGUUCAUGGAGAGGGGGAGGGAGGUUCAACUUAUAAGUCGUACAAUGAGUGGGAGAAUGGGAUGUAUUCAGGUUUGAUCCAAAGAAGGGGAGGGAAAGUCCAGUUCCUUGAAUGUAGAGCCUGUCACCAGUAUCCUCUUCAAGGGGGGGCUCCUUGGCACGGUGAAGAGGCUCUUCGUCUGAGGAAUUAGACCUUUUGGUCUCCUUCCUCAGACCAAACCUAAUUACCUCCCUUUUCUCCUCCUCUUCCCAUCCCUCUCCUAUCCCCUCUGGGAUUCUUCCCGCAAGCACUCUAGUUCCUAGGUAGGGGGAAGGGUACUGUGGUCCAUCCCAUUCCAUUGAGGUCUGUGGUGGUGUAGCUUGCUGUGGAAUCUGGAUCACCUGGGGAUGUCCCACUCCCUCUCCGGUCUCCCAGGGAGUGGCUUUGGGUGUCUUUUGGGUGUAUCUCUGGAAGCUGCCUUUUGGAUUCCAGGGGGUGGUAACUGAAGGAGGUAUGCUUUGUGGCAGGUAUCCGGCCGCCCUCUUUUGUCCACCGAGAAAGCUCGGUAGAUGUGAAGUUGCUAUCCCAGAUUGCUGGUUUAUUGGCAUGAACGGUAGGGUAUGGCACGGGUUUCAUGCCGCAUUUGCACUACUUGCAGUGCUGGGGUCCUCUUGGGUGCGGAGGGGGAUUUACGGUUAUUUCAUUCCUCCUAGGAGCUAUUCUUCCAUGUUCCCCUGCUUUUCUUUUUUCUAAAAAAACAAAGAAAGAAGUGACAACCAUGGAGUCCCAAGUCCAUGAAGCAGCUCCCCCUGGGCCCCUUUCUGCUACUGCACCUUGUUUCAACCCUACCUCGUUAUUUGACCAUUCUUCAGAUAUUUCUCAUGCCCCUGUACCUCCUGCUGGUGCCUUUUCUUUACCCACUCCAGGUACCGGGGUUCUGCCUGACUCCUUUGAUACAUCUGACCUCCACACUUCUUUGACCAUGCUUCUGGCUUCUCCCCCUACAGUACAGUGCUUUUCAGAUCGCUAACCCAUCCAACAAUAGACCAACUUCGGUCCCACACCUAAACGUCCAAGACUAUUACCUGAUGAUACUCCUUUGUUUUCUUCUCAUUCUGCCCAGAAAAGACCUGCACAACACUCCCUCUUCUUACAUGCAGUGUGUCAAUAUACACAAUGGACUUUAGUUUUUUACUCUGCAACCAACUCCUCAGUUCAUAGUAUUGGCAAGGUGCUCCCACGCCAUGUUGGUAGAGAUAUAUCCUUUCAUGCUCUCGAGCAGUGCAUGCAUCGUCACGGUAUAGAAUGCUAGCCAAGCUUGCGAUCUUUCUCUCAUUACAACCAUUGAUGCUGUUCCUGUAAUUGUUGAAAAACAUCAUUCUCUCAAUUCUUGUAGUGGUACUGUCAUUCUACCUCUUACCAUUGUUCAACAGAAUUUCCAGACUUGUAGUGAUGACAUUCUGGAACAGCUUGAGCUCCAAGACCUCUCAAUCCUCAAAGUAGGCACUUAUGUCCUCCCUGCCCACGGGAAGAGACAAGACCCUUGCAAUGUAGCUUGCUUAAUUUUUGACUGCCAUGAGGUUCCAUCCUCAGUUUAUAUUGCAGGACACCGUUUACAAGUUAAAAGUGAUCACUACACCGCAACAGUGUAGAAAUUGCUGCCGUUUUGGCCAUCCAGCAAAAUAUUGCAGGUCCAUGGCCGAAUGCCCAGUCUGUGGAGCCGACAACCAUACCAAUACAUCUUGUAGUCUACCUCCCUCUUAGUUUAAUUGUCAUGAGGCUCUCCUAUCUUACUCUUGCCAUUGCCAGACUAUUUUGCUGUUAUUGCUCCCCACCUUUGCACCUGUUGGCAACAACCUCUUCAAGGGGGGCUCCUUGGCGUGGUGAAGAGGCUCUUGGUCUGAGGAAUUAGACCUAUCGGUCUCCUUCCUCAGACCGAACCUAAUUACCCCCCAAUCCCCCCUUCCCUAUCCCAUCCUCCCCUUUUUCCUUUCCUCCUCCUCCCCACCCCUCCCUUUUGCCCUUCCUUUUUUGGCCUUCGGGAUUUUUCCCACAGGCAUGCUAGCUCCUGAGUAGGGGAAAGGGUACCAGGGUCCAUCCCAUUCCGUUGAGGUUCUUGGCGGUGGCGUAGUUUGCCGUGGAAUCUGGAUAGCCUGGGGAUGUCCCGAUCUCUCUCCGGUAUCCCGGAGGGUGGCUUUGGGUGUCUUUCGGGCGACGGGUGUAUCUCUGGAAGCCACCUUUCGGAUUCCGGGGGUGGUGGCCAAAGGAAAUAUGCUUUGUGGCGGAUAUCCGGCUGCCCUCUCUUUUGUCCACCGAGGUAGCUAUCCCGGAUUGCUGGUUUACUGGCAUGAUGGGUAGGGUAUGGCACGGGUUCCAUGCUGCAUCUGCGCUACUUGUGGUGCUGAGGUCCUCUUGGGCGCAGAGGGAGAUUUCUGGCCCUUUCAUUCCUCCUAGGAACUAUCCCUCCCCGGUCCCCCCUUUUUUUAUUCUUUUUUUAUUUUUAUUUUAUUUUCUCUUUUUUUUUUUCUUAAAAACAAAAAGAAAGAAGUAACCUAACCAUGGAGUACCCGAUCCAUGACCCCGCUACCCCCGGGCCCCUUAUUGUUACCGCACCCUGUUCUGACCUCGCCUCGUCUUUUGGCCACUCUUCGGACAUUCCUAAGGCCCCUGUACCUCUUGCUGGUGCUGUUUCCUCACCCGCUUCAGGUACCAGGGCUUCCACUGACUCCUUCGAUUUGUCUGACCUCCGCUCUCCUUUGACUGUGCUUCCGGCUUCUCCCUCUACGGUGCAGCGAUUUUCGAAUCGCCAGCCCGUCCCACGUCGGACCGACUCUGGUCCCACUUCUAAACGUCAACAAUCUAGUAAUGAUGUUACUUCAUUACCUUCCCUUACUACUCGGAAAAGACCGACACGUCAUGCACUCCCUCUCCACACUGUUUCAGACCACACAAUGGACUAAAUUCUUUACAUUAAGACCGACUUCUUCUACUGCCUAUCUUUCCGACCAUAGUAUUGGCAAAGCGCUCUUACGCCACGUUGGUAGAGAUAUUUUCUUUCAUGCUCUUAAGAGUGGUACGUGCAUCAUCACAGUCCAGAAUUCUACUCAAGCUCAUGAUCCUUCUCUUCUUUCACAUAUCGAUACUAUUCCUAUCACUAUUGAAAAACAUCAUUCUCUCAAUUCUUGUAGUGGUACUGUUAUUCUGCCCCAUACCAUAGUCCAACAGAAUUUCCAGACAUGUGGCACUGACAUUCUCGAACAGCUGGAACUCCAAGAUCUCCCAAUUCUCAAGGUAGACACUUAUGUUCUUCCUGCCCGCGGGCGAAGACGAUACCCUUGCAAUGUGGCUCGUUUAACUUUUCACAGCCGUGAACUCCCAUCCUCUGUUUAUGUAGCAGGACAUCGGUUACAAGUUCGGAAGGUGAUCCCUACACCGCAACAGUGUAGGAAUUGCUGGCGAUUUGGCCACCCAGCAAAAUAUUGCAGAUCUAUAGCCGAAUGCCCAGUCUGUGGUGCCGAUGACCAUUCUAAUACGUCUUGCAGUCGAACUCCCUCUUGCCUCAAUUGUCAUGAGGCUCACCCUUCGUACUCUCGCCGUUGCCAAGUCUACUUAAAUGAGCGGGAAAUUUGUUGCCUCAAAGAGGCAGAAGGUCUCCCUUAUGCUAUGGCGGUUUCUCAUCUCCGCUUCCAGGGGAGACUGCCCCGUGUUUCUUAUUCUCGUGUUUCAAAGCGUCCCCCCACUUCUGGGGUCACAUCUUCUGCAGCCUCCUCUGCGGUUGCCAGUCCCAUAGUCACUCCUGUAUCUAAUUCUUUUGCUGUCCUGGGCUCAGACGUCCCUACUUCAACUCCUCAGUCUGUCCUCACUUCUUCGUGUCCUCCCUCACAAACCCCGGUAUCGACAAGACCUCGUACGACACCUCCUCCCAAUCGUCUACUUCUCAGAGGCCCCAAAAAUUUCCUUUAACCCCUCCUUCCCUUCGUCCACCUCCACAUUUUACCUUCCCGGUCUCUGUACCUGAGUCUUCCCGUUUCACUGGCUCUGUUACAAGUGUGGGGGUUCAUCCUCCUCCUCGUACUGUGCCUUCCUCCCCUGUCCCCUCCCAUGUUUCUUCCUCUUCUGCCACCUCCCAGUUUUCUGCCUCUUCUGUCCCCUCCCACACUUCUCCAGUUUCCUCCACCCUUUCGCCCCUCCCCCCUACCUUGGUACAGUCCAUUACAGCUCCAAUCUUCACUCAAACUCCUCCUCCUUCCAUCUCCAAUAUUGUCUCCCAAACACUUGAAGCAAUCUCUGAAUAUAUUGCAGAGACCAAACCAUCAAUGGACACUGAUCCACUCUCUGUUCCUUCUCUUUCCUCUACUCCAUCUGCGUAACUCCUUUCUUCACAACGCACCGUUCCUUCGCUACUUAAACGUUUUCCUUUGCCACUGCAUGUGGACUUUUCUAACCCCUCUAGUCCGUAGGUACCCUUACCUGCGGAUUUCAGGUAUCUUUAUCGUUGCCAAUCAUGGCCUAUUUACAGUGGAAUAUUCGCGGCCUCAGGGGUAAUUGGGGUGAGCUUCAGAUGUUGCUCUCCCAGUUUUCCCCUGUUGGUGUUUGCUUACAGGAACCAAAAUUACACUCUGCCGUUAUCUAUCCUAUCUCAGGCUAUAAUUUAUUGUAUUCUUCAGAUCCUCUUCCUGCUGGGACCUUUAAUGAAAGUGCCCUUCUACGCACUGAUAUUCCAUACCAUCAGCUAUUUGUUCAUACUUCGCUGCAUUACACAGCAGCCCGUAUCCACUUGCAUAGGUGGUAUACACACUGUUCUUUGUAUCUCUCUCCUUCUCGGGUAUUAUCUAUCCCAGAUAUUGCCUUUCUUGUUUUGUCAUUACCGCCACCACUUCUGUUACUUGGCAAUUUUAAUGCCCAUCAUUUCCCCUGGGGGGGGUCUCACUGUGAUUCCCGUGGCAUUCAGUUAGAGGCUUUUCUUGCUACCCACCCCCUCCAUGUUUUAAAUACAGGUACUCACACCCAUUUUGAUCCUUGGACUCGUACUCUCUCUUGCAUCGAUCUCUCAAGUCUGCUCUUCCUCCGCCGCAUUAGACUUCACCUGGUCUAUUCUCCCGGAUUUACAUCACAGCGAUCAUUUCCCAAUCAUUCUUACUUCCCCUUCAUAUUCACCACCUCUUCAUAACCCAUGCUGGCAAUUUGAUCAGGCAAAUUGGAACCUUUACUCACAACUAACUGUUUUUAGUGAGGUUCCUUCUUCGUCCUCCAUUGAUGAGCUUUUACACCUCUUCUCGUCCUCCGUUUCAACCGCAGCUUCUCAUUCUCUAUCCCAAACUUCGGGCAGGCAUUCUCAGAAAUGCGUGCCUUGGUGGUCUCCUGCUUGUGCUCGUGCAGUACGUUUGAAACGCGCUGCGUGGGGCAGGUACCGGUACAAUAGAACCAAGGAGAGACUUCUUGAUUUUAAGCAAAAGCGUGCUAUCGCUCGCUGUGUCAUCCGUGACGCUAAACGCACUUGCUGGCGAGAUUAUGUCUCCACCAUCACCUCUGCUUCCUCUAUGAGUGCAGUCUGGAAAAAAGUACGAAAACUGAGUGGUAAAUAUUCUCCUGACCCGGCUCCUGUUCUGCGGGUUGCCGGUGUUGAUAUAGCAAACCCACUAGAUGUUGCCAAUGAAAUUGGCAAUCAUCUGGUCCGUAUUUCUCAGGGGCUCCAUCUAUGCCCCUCGUUUCUUUCCUCAAAGUCUGCCAGAGAGUUAGCACCCUUGGACUUUUCUUCUCUCAGAGAAGAACAGUAUAAUGUGCCUUUUACACUUCAGGAACUGGAGGCAACACACUCAGCUUGCCGAUCAUCGGCAGCUGGACCCGACAACGUUCAUAUUCGUAUGCUACAACAUUUACAUCAGUCAGCCCUUGCAGUCCUAUUACGCCUUUUCAAUCUUAUUUGGUCACGGAGUUCUUCCACAACUGUGGAAAUCUGCCAUUGUUCUCCCUUUCUGCAAACCAGGUACUACAGGACAUGAAGCCUCCCACUAUCGUCCCAUUGCUCUUACCAGUGCAGUUUGCAAAGUGAUGGAACGCCUGGUAAAUAGACGUUUAGUGUGGUAUUUAGAGACACACAGCAGUCUCUCCACUCGUCAAUAUGGCUUUCGUAAAGGCUGUUCUACCAUAGACCCCUUACUAUGCUUGGAUACAUAUGUUCAUAAUGCCUUUGCGAAUAACCACCGUGUUAUUGCCAUAUUUUUUGACCUUGAGAAGGCAUAUGACACAACUUGGAGGUAUAAUAUUUUGGCCCAAGCCCACUCCUUAGGCCUUUGAGGCAAUCUACCAUCCUUCCUUAAGAACUUUUUAACUGACAGACAUUUCCGUGUUUGGGUUAAUAAUGUGCUCUCCCCGGACUUUAUCCAAGCUGAAGGUGUCCCCCAGGGAUGUGUUCUGAGCACAACACUUUUUCUCCAUGCUAUAAAUGAUUUGGCCUCUAGUCUUCCAUCCAAUACAGUGGACCCCCGCAUAACGAUUACCUCCGAAUGCGACCAAUUAUGUAAGUGUAUUUAUGUAAGUGCGUUUGUACGUGUAUGUUUGGGGGUCUGAAAUGGACUAAUCUACUUCAUAAUAUUCCUUAUGGGAACAAAUUCGGUCAGUACUGGCACCUGAACAUACUUCUGGAGUGAAAAAAUAUCGUUAACCGGGGGUCCACUGUAUUUGGUCAUCACUCUUAUGUUGAUGACUUCGCUAUUGCAUGUGCAGGCGCUGACUGUCACCUCAUUACAGUUUCUCUCCAACAUGUGGUUGACCGUGUUUCCAAUUGGGCCACCACACAUGGGUUUAAAUUUUCCAGUACCAAAACUCGCCAAAUUACUUCCACUAGACGCUCUGUCAUCUCUGAUCAUCCUUUGUACCUCUAUGGCUCCCGUAUCCCUGAACGUGAUAGUCAGGUUUCUAGGCCUCCUCUUUGACCGUAGGUUAUCCUGGAAACUUCACAUUACCUCUCUGAAGGCAACAUGUCACAGCCGGCUGAACCUUCUUAAAACCCUUGCUCAUCUUUCAUGGGGAGCGGAUCGUCGAACUCUACUUCGCCUACAUUCCGCCCUCAUUUUAUCGAAACAUGAUUAUGGUGACCAGAUCUAUUCAGCGGCCUCUCCUGCUACUCUCUCUAGCCUUAACCCCAUUCAUCACCAAGGAUUACGUUUAUGCCUUGGUGCUUUUCGCUCUUCCCGUUGAGAGCCUCUAUGCAGAAGCGAACGUUCCAUCCUUAUCCGAUCGCCGUGAUGCCCAUUGCCUUCAAUACUAUGUACGCUCUUAUGAUCUCCGCAGUCCUUCCUCAGAAUGGUCACCGAUAUUAGUAGACAUUAUUUAUUCGCUGCCCCAGUUUGCUCCAUCCCUUUUCUCUUCGCCUACAUUCGCUCUUGUCUUCUUUUCAAUUACCACCUCUAUGUUCAUAUAGCAUCUCCCUUUUCCCUAUCCCCCUGGGAAGUUCCAGCUGUUCGAGUCUGUUCUUUCUCACUCCCUUGCUCGAAAGCCCAACUGUCUACGGUAGCUUCCCGCUCUCUUUUUCUUGGCCACUUCCACUCUCAUUCUCAUGCCAUUGCAGUGUACACAGAUGGCUCUAAGUCUUCUGAUGGCGUAGGAUUCGCAGCAGUGUUUCUGGACAGUGUCAUACGAGGGCAUUUACUAUCUUUGGCUAGUAUCUUUACUGCUGAAUUGUAUGCCAUUCUUGUAGCACUUAUCCGUAUUGCAUCUAUGCCUGUGUCAUCCCCCUUCUACCGCCCAAUACUCUCGCGUCCUUCCCUACCCUGCAGCGCUGCAUAGCCCUUGUGGCUUAGCGUUUCUUUUUGAUUAUAAUAAUAAUGUUGGCAACAACUUUGGUAUGAUCUGCUCCUUAACAAACUUCAUUCUAUUAAACCAAGUCUAGGUUAUUGGCCAUCUUGUCAUCAGUGUUGAGGUUAGGAGACUACUUUCUCCCGUCUUCGCAUUGGCCACACUCGUCUUACUCACGGGUAUCUCAUGGAGAGGUGCCCUGUUCCUCUCUGAGAAUUGUCAAGUUCCAGUAUCUGUUAGACUGCCCACUCUAUCAACGGGCACGCAGAAUUUACCUCCGUCGUCGUCUCCGCUCUACUGCUCUCUGGCGGACCUUCCUUUAAUCCAGACUCUCUCAUUGACUUUAACUGAUUUACUCCACAAACUCUGAUGAUGCCUUUAGCACUCCCCACAGCCCUUUCUACCUCAAUCUCUUGCUACCCUCUACCCCUGCACCUGUCCUCCAUAACCUGCUAAUCAUACCUCUCCCUUUUGCCACCAGAUACUCUCGCUUCCUUCCCUGCCCUGCAGCACUAUAUGGCCCUUGUGGUUUAGUGCUUCUUUUUGAUGAUAAUUUCCCUCUUGCUACCCAAUACCCCUGCACCCUUCCCUGCCCUGUCAGACCCUUGUAGGUUUAGCACUUUUUGAUGAUAAUGUUGCAGGUUUGUCAUCAGAACAGAAGUACUGGUGAUUAGAAUAGAUUAAAGAGCAAGAGUAUGGUUCAGUAAACUUUUAUUCAAAAUUUCUGUUAAUUGCAAUGGAUGCAAUUUCUAAAAUCAAAAUGUUAGCCCUGAAAACAAUUCAUAUAUUCUGCAAUAUGGUUUUUUUUUUUAAACAUUCUAAAUAAACAGUGGUAAUUAAAUACAGUAAUUGUAUAAAAAUAAUUGCAUAUUUUUUUUUUAUAUAUAAUUAAGGAAUUGGUUUGGUUGGUCCACAAAGGCAUUAUUACAAGAUCAGUAAAUGGAGUAUUUUCUGUUCCUCUAAGUCUUCAACGUGACCACACUAACUGCACUGAUACUUCUUCCACUUCACUAUGAAAUCCACAACAUUCGUUUUUAGCUUGUCAUUCUUUCCUUCUAGACAACCCACUGACAGUUCUGCACAUACAGUUUAGUUACUGUCCAUUACAUCCCAACCAUCAUGAAAGUAUCUCCAAAAACUUGCAAUAUGAAGAUAGUAUCAAUUAUAUUUGGGAAUGCUACAAAUUUUCCAACUCUGAUUAUAGGAAUAAAAAGGGUUAUAUGCAGUAGUGAAAACUUAAGAUUCAAAACCAACAAUUUGGAGAUGAAACUUUAGACACUUCGGUCUAUCCUAAAUGACUAUCAAGUCGCGUCUUGGACAUUUGUCCAAGACACUAAACAUUGUCUAGUUUCAUAUCAAAAUUCUGAGUGUUGUAGUUAAUUGCUCCAAUCAAGGAAUUGUGACUUAAUUUUACUUAGAAGGAAUUCCAGAAUUCUUUUUAUCACACACCACAAUUAUCUGUAAAUUUAAUCUUAACUAAUGCAUUGAGCAACUCAAGAAUGACUUACAUUUCACACAAAUAAAUCCAUUCAAGGGCAAUGUAAAUGACAGAACUAUUAUGUACACAUGAACCAAAUAAAUACAAUUACACGAUUUUCAGGGAAAAUAUAAAGGAGUGAUGAAUGGUAGGCUAAGGUGUUGACAAAUUAUAAUUUUAAAUCCUCAAUGAUUUGCAGAUUGAAAGAUGCAAUUAUUUAUGCAGUAAUUACCUUCCAAAAGUAUUUACAACAUCGAUGUCUAAACAUUGUGAUAUGCCACAAAUUUAUUUUGAUGAAUACAUUAUUAAAAAUUUAUCACAGUAUUUUACAUUCAUACUGAUUUCCUCAAGUAUGUUUUGUAAAAUACUUGAGAAAUACUAAUUUGCAUUUUCAAGAUGCUUUUAUUAGUCUUUGCAGUUACUGAACCAUAGAAUACUUCUUGGAAGUAAACAAUCGACAUUAUUUAACAUUUAAAAAAUGCAUUAAUCGUUUAGCUAUAAAACUUAGAUUAACAUGCCACCAACUUAGCCGUGGCCUGGCAAAGUAAUGAAAAUUUUAAUGAAAUAAGCAAAGGCCAGACAAGGAAACAUUUUUAAAUUUUGUAACUUCACAGUAAAUUAAGUUUAUCAAAUUAAAUUUUCAAUACAACACAUUCUUUACAACUCAUCAGCAUGCACUGUGAUAAAGUUAUCACUUUUGUUAAUAAACUAACAAAGUCAAAAGUCCAAUUACACACACAAAAAAAAAAAACAAUACCCUCAAGCUAGCUCUCAAUUGAAUUACGUAAAUCAUAUUCCUCAUCCCUAUGAAAGUCACAAAAAAAAUUUUUUUUUACCCCCAAAAAAUUCUAAAUGUUCAAAAGCCUCAUGACACACAAGGCAUAUAACAUAUUUAGUUACCACUUGGGUCUUAACAAUAUUCCACCACAUUAUGCCUUGAUGUGUAAUUUCAUCUUGUGUAUAAAUCUAUACAGAAUUGUACUGCUAAUAAUUAAUAUUCUAAUCAUUCUGUAAAUAAUUCUUGAUGCAAUAAAAUACCAGAAUAA